UUCGCACUAUCGUCGUGUUAGCUUUCCUGACCAGCUCGUUCCUCCAUCGACCUCGCAGUCUCUGCUUACCAUGUACAUCUGUCCUGUAUGUGGGCAGCGAAGAUUCAGGAGACUGUGUUCAACGAUAUCUCUCACAGUGCCAGUGGCGGCUGUAAAAUGCACCAAGGUGAGCAAAUGGGCGAUGGACGAUCGAAGCUUACUGUGGCAUAAUGCUGGUACUCAUCCGUCCAUGGGCACUGAAUUGAAUCGCCGUCUUUAUUGUGAAAGGCGAGCAAUACCAGCGAAUAUACGAGUAAGAUUGAAAGCCUGUCUUCAGAACAAACCGAGGCGACGAGCGGGAGUCAUCGGCGUCGCCAGCGAAGGGGUGGUGACAACGAGGGAGGCCCCAAAGAAACUUGUCACUGCCAUGUAUAACCAAGCACUCACUGAUCGGCAUGCUUAGGUCUCAAGAGGUAAGGCUGCGCCGGGUAGCAGGGACGUGUGUCCUAUUUAGGGUGUGUACGUACUACUGAAUGCGAGACCGAGGCUGACUGUGAAGUCAGCACGCCGAGAUCCUCUGUCAAUGGAUGGUUAUUUUCAGGUGUUGAGAAGGCAUGGGGCGAUGAGCCGGACUUGAUCUACCCACUCAAUUACCAGUACCCUACCGUGCCUGUCAAUGUGAUCUAACAAA